CUCUCUCUUUGUCUCAACUUUCAUCUCUCUCGAAGAUCUGCAACACUGCAACUCCAGGCUCUCUCUCCUCCCAAGCCAUGAGCGACCCCAUUGAGACAUUGAUAUCUUCAUCGUCUUCGGCAGGAGACCCGAAUUCGAAUCUGAACCCGAUCUCUCUACUCCACCCCCGGCGGGAGCCUUUCGAGCAUGGCCUGCUCCCAAUCCCGAAGCUCUUUUUCACCGACCCGACCCAAACCCUAAUCCCCAUCAAGCAAACCCUCCUCUCCUCCUCUACGAACACUAGCCGAGUCGACUCCGCCGCCCUCGCCCAAUCCCUCCAGAUCUCCCCUGACCACGCCUGCCUCGUCCUCGACACCCUCGCCUCCGUCCUCCACUCCGACUCCGAUCCGCUCGUCAGCUCCAAGCCCGACGAGAUUAACUCCUCCGCCGACGUGCACGAUCUGCUCCUCUUCCUUUACAUCCAGUCCUACAAGAAAUUGCUCCCGAGGACGCACAAGGACUCAGCCGCAGUCGCCGAUGUCUGGCCCUCCACCUCCGCCUUCGAUGGCUACUUGUCCGCUCUCUCGCCUCUUCAGCUUGUACGGAGCAACAGCCGCCGGUUUGUUCCAUCACAAGCUGAUGAAGAGGCUCAUCAGUUGUCAUAUCUUCAAAGCACUUGGCUAACAUUCUCUCUCUUUAGCUGA